AUGGCUUAUGGCUUAUGGCUUGAUGGGAUUGACCACGUGGAGCUGGGCUCAGAGCCACUUUCUGCAUCCAAACAUUCCCACUCAGCUCCACUUUGUGUUGUGGAAGAGGAUCGAUCCCAUGAUACCUACUCCGUACAAUUCACACUACUCAGCCAUAGCACCAUCGCAUCAUCGCGGACAUCAGACAGCAGACGUCAGAAAAAGCCCGCCGUGGAAAAGGAAAAAAGGAACCACAACCCCUUCCCCCCGCCCCCGCCAACCGCGGUCCCUGCCGCAAUCCAAUCUUGCCAUCCGCCAUCGCCAUCGCCAUCGCCACCAGCCAAGAACCCAGAGCCCAGUGGCGGCGGGCAAUGGAUAGGGCUAUAA